AAGACUAUGAGAAGUGAGACCCAUCCCUCCGUCCGUAGUUGUAGUAACUAACUACUCAGUCGGGUUCAAACCUUGAUCAGGGUUAGGUGUUCAAUUAUCUCUCAUCCUGAUACAGGAGACUAGUGAACAGUGAUAUAGGAGGUUAGAAAGGGGCUACACAAGUCUAGGAGGUUGACGAGGGGGUAACCAGGGGAGCUGAGUGUUGAGGAACACUAUGGGGGGUUUCAGUAGAAAAAAUACUUUUCUAAUCUUCCUCAUCCUAAUACUAGUCUCACACGUUUUAGCUCAGAAUAGAUUUGCGAUUGAGCAACGAGCUUCAGAGGGGAGUGGUGCUCUAGAUUAUUAUGAUGACCUGGAGAAUGUUUAUGAAGAUCUAGAGGAAGGAGAUGAAGGAGAAGGAAGUGGAGUAUCUUUAAGUAACUCCGUGAUUCUAAGAUUUUAUCUGUAUCUCUCCCGGGACUGGGAGAGUAGUUUCAGUGAUCAUAUGUCAACUCAGUACCUGGAGAUAGCCAACAAUGCAACGGAAACCAUCCAGAACCUUUACUCCGGGGUACCAGGAGCACAGUUUAUUACACUGGCAGAUAUUAAACGCGGAACAACUCCAGGACUGCAAUCUGUAACUAUAGAUCUACUCUCACAGAAUAAUGAGGACAAGUUAGGACUAAUCCAGGUCCUCACAUCAGCUAUAUCAGCAGGACAACUCCCUCUCUUCAGUCCUAUCAUUGACUCAGACUGGUGGAAAGAGGUUAAGGUUGGUGGAAUACAGCUCCCUGAUCCUCUACCUCAACCUCCAGGAUGCAGAGCAGAUACUCAGAUAGUCUGUCCUGGUACUCCUCACAGAAUCUGUGAGGUUCAGCGCUGUGAUGGAGUCGAGGACUGUCCAAAGAACCCCGGAGAGGAAGUGAGCUGGGAUGAAAACCAGAACUGUAUAUCAGAUCUAGACUAUCUAUCAACCCCUACACCAGAACUAGUCACUACAACAACUACAACAACUACAACAACAACAACGGUUGAAUCGACAACAGCUUUACUAACUACCACAGAUACCACAACAGCAGAACUAACAACAAUUCCCUGCUCCCUACCCUACUAUGAGUGUGAGAGUGGUGAAUGUAUACCCGGAGAUCUGAAAUGUGACGGGAACUCCGACUGUCCAGGGGGCGAGGAUGAAAACCUAGAAGAAUGUAUAAUAGUUUGUGGACCUGGUGAGUUUACAUGUAUAUCGGACGGAUCCUGUAUUGACCGUAUCCGGGUGUGUGACCGGAUACCAAACUGUCCUGACCGGAGUGAUGAGAAGGGUUGUCCCUGCGAUCUAACUUCAGAAUGGACCUGUGGAGACGGAUCUUGUAUCAAUCUAGGACUGAAGUGCGACGGAGUUAAUCAAUGUCUCGACGGAAGUGACGAAUCCUCCUGCUGUAAAGAAGACGAUGUUAGAUGUUCAAACGGAUCUUGUGUCUCGUCCUAUCUCCGCUGCAACGGAGUGAAGGAUUGUCCGGCCGGAGAAGAUGAGCAGGGUUGCCAGGUUGCGUGUGGGGCGGAUGAGCUGACCUGCAGGGAUGGAUCUUGUGUUAAAAAUGAGGAUAUCUGUAAUGAUAUCUGGGAUUGUUCUCAGGGUGAAGACGAGAUCUCCUGUCCUCCCAAGCCAGCUAAAUGUGGUAUCAAUGAAACAGUCUGCAUUGCGGGUGGUUGUGGAGUUCCCUGUGAUGGAAGGUUGGAUUGUGAUGAUGGCGAGGAUGAGAAAGAAUGCUGUAGACCUCAGGAGUUUAGAUGUGGAUCCGGAGAAUGCGUCCCGAUAUCCAAGGAGUGCGAUGGACAGGGAGAUUGCCAGGACGGGUCGGAUGAACACUCAGAGUGUGGUUCAGGUUCAUGUAUAACUCCGAACCUGUCUUGUGGUUCCGGGGAAUGUAUUCCUCCGGCGAAUAUCUGUGACGGAGAAAUAGACUGUACUGAUGCACUGGACGAACUCAACUGCACAAGUUCUCCGGGUUGUCGUGUUGGUCAGUUCCGUUGUGGAGAUGGAAGAUGUGUGGAUGGGUCUCUAAUCUGUGACGGAAACUAUGAUUGUAUUGACGCAGCAGACGAGAGAGACUGCAAACUGUGUUCCCUGAAUGAAUGGCAGUGUGAGGGUGGAAACUGUAUCCAGGCUAAUCAGAGAUGUGACGGGUUCAAACAUUGCUCCGAUGGUAGCGAUGAACUAGAUUGUCCAGGUUGCAAUGAGACUGAGUUCUCCUGUAACUCUGGGUCCCCUAGAUGUAUAAAUGUAGGUCGGAGAUGUGAUGCAACUCGAGACUGUCAAGACGGAUCUGAUGAGUUAGGAUGUGGUGAGUGA